AUGGCUUCCGCUGCUCUUUCUGAUCAAGCGUAUCCCGAUUGUUCCGCUCCCUCUCACUGCCUCCCUGGUGCCUCGCCCCCUCAUAUUGCCGCCACUCCCGCUGCUGCCGUUGACUCCGCCACCCCCACGGUGCCGUCAAGGCGUUCCGACCCUUCCGCCAUCUGCGCCCGCUUUUCCCGCAAGGAGCGGCGGCGCGCGGCGAAGAGGGCGCGCAGACAGCAGCAACGGCGGGAACGCGCGAUUGCCGCGGCGGAAGUCCUUGCGCGGGAGGAGGAGGAUCGGGAGAGACGGGCGGAAGCGGGCAGCGCAGAACGCUGGGCGCGGAUAGAGGAGGAGCGGCGGCGGAGAGAGGUGGAAGACGAGGAGAGGAGGGCGAGAGAGGAGGGUGAGCGACGAUGGUUGGCGCGAGAGAGGGAGAUCGAGGAGGAGAAGAGGAGGGCGGAGGAGAGGCGCACGUGGAAAGAGGAAGCAGCAGCUGCUGCAGCGGCAGCAGUGGCAGGCGCAACGGCAGCAGGGCGGGAGGACAAACGCGCAGGCUCGCAGCAGACGAAUGAGGAGGAUGAGAAGGAAGAGGAGGAGGAGGAGCAGGAGGAGGUGGAGGUGGAGGUGGGGGGCGUGCCGGACAUAGUGUGGGAGGGCGACGACAUCAUAGUGCGCAAGAGGCGUGUCAAGAUGCGCCGCCGCAAGGGCGAGUGCCUGCCAGGGGAGGUGCCCGGCACUGCUGUGCCCGUGCGUGUUCGCGUGGCAGCAGCAGUGCCAGCAGGGGAAGCGAGUGCAGAUGGUGGCAGUGGUGCGGAGGGGGGUUCACGUGAGACGCGCACAGCAGGGGAUGCUGGCACGGAAGAGAAGGUGGAUGUGCGUUGCAGUUGGGUCCUGGGACAACUCGUCCGUGUGUCUGUCCACAUGUGCUCCAGUUUUUACCUCCCCCUCCACUCAUCCCCUGUCACCCCUUGUUUUCUCUCUUUCAUCAUCUCCCAACCCCCAUUUCCCCCCCUCGCUCGCUGUCCCCAUUCCUCCGUCUGUCUCGCUGCAGCGAUCACUGUCCGUGCAAGCGGCGCCCUCAGCAUCUCUGCUCACCAGCCGCAGAGUCACCUCCUCACAUACCACAACGCAUGCAGUGCUGGCGCACCAGACCCAGAAGCAGGAGAAUCAGACUCAGCAGCAGCAGCAGGCCGCAGUUCCAUGUGCCUCUGCUCUUCUCCCAUUACCCAUGCACCCACCUCUCUCUGCACCUCGCGCACCUCUACCCGCCUCCCUACUCCCCCCUCUCCUGUCCGCACCACUGCCCCCCACGCAUGCCAAAGCUCCUCCCCCAUCUUCCUGCCCCCGCCCUGCCCCUUCUUCCUCAAGACGGGUGCCUGUCGCUACGGCCUCUCCUGCACGCGCCUGCACUCAUAUCCUCACCCGCACCUCACUCACACUCUCCUCCUCCCCAACCUCUACCAAGGCCCGGGCUUGCCCCCUCUCACCUCGUCCUCCUGUGCUUCUGCUGCUGCCGCGUCAGAGGUUGGUGCCAUUCACUGCCUGCAGGCCACACCCCGCACACUCCCACCGCUCUCCACCUAUCCAUCCUCACAGCAGGCUGACAGCCCGUCGCGUGCGUGCCAUGCACGGGGGGUGAACUACUACCUGGACCAGGAGUGGGACACCACGCAAGCCAUGGUGCAGCGAGGGGCGAAGGAAGGGGCUGUUCAAGGGGAGAAGCAGGAGGUGGGGUGGGGGUGGGCAGGGGGCGAUGGGGGGGAGUCGUACGAGUGCUUCUACACGGACCUGCACACGGAGUUCCAGAAGUAUGGCGAGAUCUACAACUUCAAGGCCAGUGCUCUGCCGCUCCUGCUCUUCCACUCCUGCUGUUCCGCUCCUGCUGUGUGUCGCAACGCGGCGGCCCACCUGCGCGGCAGUGUGUACGUGGACUACCUGCACCCCACCCACGCCGCUGCCGCCCUCGCUGCCAUGGCAGGUCGCUUCUACGGCCGCCACCAGCUGGCAUGUGUGUUGGUACCCAUUGACAGGUGGCGCAACGCCAUUUGUGGAGAGUACCGUAGGAAGGGCAAGCACCAUCCCUGCAUGCCCACCUGUCUGUUCCCACACCCCCUCCCAGCCCCGUCCACCCCCAACCACGCCUCUCUUUCCUCCGGCUCCUUCUCCCCGCCCGCCCUCCCACUCACUCCCAUCCAGCGCUGUCCACGUGGCCCCUCGUGCCCGUUCCUGCACCCCUUCGCCAACCCCCAUGGCGACUACGAGUGGGCUGACUUUGACGCUCCGCCGCCCCUGCUGUGGCAGCAGCAGAUGCAGGGGCUGUAUGGGGGGGGCUGGGGGGCCAGGGAUUAUGAGAGGGAGUUUGAGGCGCGCAGGGAGAGGAGCGAGGGGGGCAGGGAGAGGAGCGCGGGGGAGGGGAAGGAGAUGGGAGCAAAGGAAGAGGAAGGGGUCAGAGAAUUGGCGGAGGGUGUGGGGAGAGGGGGGGAUGAUAGUGGUGGUGAGGUGAAGGCGAUUGUUGGAGAACUGGGGACCAGGAAAGGGAGGAAACGGGAAGGUGCGACGCAGAAGGGGGAAGGGGCGGAAGGAGAGGGAGAAAGUGGAGUGGGGAAGAGAGGGCAGGGAGGAGGAGCAGAAGAGGAGGGGCGGAGCAGAGCGGAUGAAGGGAGAAGUGCAGUGGAGGGGCGAGGGAGGGGCAGGCGGGGGUGGGAGGGACGUGAUGGCAGGAGCAAUGAGAGUAGGAGUGACAGGGGCGAGGGGGAGGAGAGGGGGGACAGAGAGGAUAGGGGGGAAAGGGAGGAGAGGGAGGAGAGAAGGAAGAAGGGGAAAAGAAAGGAGAUUGGCGAGAGGGAGGGGCAGGAGAAGCGGAGAGAAAGGAGGGGAAAGUCUGUGGAGAGAGGUAGGGAAGAGAGGGCGUGUGGGUUGAGGGGGGAUGGCAGUGAUGGUGGUGGGAGUGAUGGGAGGGAUGAGAGUGGACGAAGGGGGAGGUUGAGUGAUGGGGAGGGGGAACGAUGGGGAAUACAAGGCGAGGGAGGGGAGGGGAGGCGAAAGAGAGUAGAUAGGGAAGUUGAGGGGCAGAGACUGUGGAAGGGAGGAAAGGAGGUGGAUUGGAGACAUGGGGAGGAAGGCAGGGAAUCACACGCGUGGGAGAGGCGAGCAGGCGGGCGGGUAAGGCGAGCGGGUGUGCGUGGAGGUGAGGAGGCGAGGCGACCUGAUGUGGGACGAGGGAGUGCAGGAGGGAUGCACAGGGAGGAGAGAAGUCCAUGUGCUGGCAAGGUUAACGAGAGGGCAGUGUUGCACGUAGACUCCAGGGAGGGGUGGAGGGCUACGGACGGGAGGGGACAGGCGUGGGAGAGCUGGAGUGGAGGGGAGAGUGGGAAGAACGAAAGAGCCGAGAGGAGGAUAUGCGGGGAUGUGGGGAACAAUGGAGAGUGGGGCGGAGCAGAAGAGGUGGAGCAGGGAAAGGGCGAGAAGGCACGAGGUGGACGGCAGGGGGAGGGUAGGGGUGUGGAGGCGGAGAGGGAGAAGGAGCUGAGGGCACUGCUGUUGCAGAGGAUGCACGGGGUAGGGGGUAGAGCAGCAGAAGGGCGAGAUAAGAAGAGAGAUGCCAGGGUCGAAGGCAUGCAAGUGCAAGAGAGAGCGAAAGGCCCAGUGGAGGACGCAAUUUGUUUGGGGAAAAGAACAAUUGCCAAGGGGGGGUCUGAUCAGGGAUUGUUUGCAGCGUCUUCCUGUUUUCCGGCCUCUGUGUGCGAAGAGAAGGUCGUGGAUGAUGACAGAUGGGAGAUGGAGACUUGA